GUGAGUGUACAACUGGAAAGGGUACACUACUCUGCUCAAGACUGUUCUGUUCCAGUUGAACAAAACAAAGCAGCGGCUUUAUCAACAUUGUUUCAGCAAUGGAAGGAGUAGUUAUACGGCAUUGGGUGGAAACGCCAAUACGUUAUCAGGAGCAUUUUGCUGAUCAAGAUUUGGAUGCGUGCAAACUAAACCACUCUCUGUAUGCCUUGCCAGGCCCAGCCUCAGCCACUCAGACAAAGAAUAGACAUACAGUCAAGAGUACUGCUGAAAAAGAACAGAACCAUACAGAUGAAGAAAAGCCUAAAUUUCAAGUCUUACUAGAUGUUGUGCAGUUCCGUCCUGAAGAUGUUAUCAUUCAAACCUUUGAAGGCUGGCUCCUCAUCAAAGCUCAGCAUGGACCCAGGAUGGAUGAACAUGGCUUUAUAGCCAGAAGCUUUACUAGACAAUACAAAUUGCCAGACAGAGUUGAAACAAAAGAUCUGAAUGCUCUUUUCUGUCAUGAUGGCAUUUUGGUUAUUGAAACUAAGACCCUGAGCAAGAAAUGAAUUAUAGACUUUUUGUUACUGGUGAGACAAUAUUGUUCCUACUAUAGCUUAAGCAAUUAUGUACUGUGGUGCUCUGCAUGCAGAACUGCAUUUACAAUGAAGAUAAAGACAAGCCUUUGCAUAUUUUACCCAGUUUGAUUGUUUGAUGUGAAAGACAGUAUUUGCUCCCAACAGCUGCUGAUGUACGGACAUUCAUAACAAGGCUAUGUGACAGAACAGCAUGAAGGCUUGAAAAGAUGUACAAGAUGGAUGCAAAAGAAUGUGUAAAGGGAAGGUUUUACUAAAGAAGAGCAGAAACAGGAAGCUGCAUUUGGAAUCUGAAGGCACUUGUAUUCAAGAGGCAAAAGAUUUAAGCCUAGAGCAUACUUUUUAUUGAAAUAGGAUUUUCAUGCUGGAAACUGCUGCAUUAUUAGCACUGUGGCCAUGAUCCGAAGAAGUAAUUUGUGUAUAAGUAAACCAACCAGACAGGUGGACCUCUCUUUAAAGUUUGCCCUAUAGCAACUAUAACAACUCCUACUCCUGAAGAGGUAAAUCAAUUUCUAAACCGAACAUUAACUUCUCAGUCCCAGAUAUAUUAAUAUACUGUAUUGAACAAUUGAUCUUCAAAAUGUUUUUUUUCUCCAGCAAAGAUUUGUUAUAUAUGCUCUUCUAAAUACUUCAACAUUCUGCUUUUGGGAGAACAGCAGCUGUGUAAGUAAGUCUGCUCCUUUCAAGUGUAGUUAAAAUAAGUAUGACUGCUGAGCUAUGAAUAGUAAAGGAAUUCAAAGGAGAAAGAGCCAAGCUAAAUACAGGCUCUCAUUAUGGGCACCUGUCAUUUGGAAACAUUAAAUGAUAAAAUAUUGUUGCAAUUUAUCUAGAUGCUUUUUAAUUUUAUUACAUUACCUGGACUAAGACUGUUGAUGCAAAAGAAUGCCAAAUCAGCUCUUGCCAUCAGCUACAUGCACUGUUGGAGGACUUAAUUGGGGAGAUGGGAAGGAGAAAGGAGUGCCUAAACCAGCCCCCAAGACUACAUCCCCAUAUCUAUGAGGUGAUCAGUAUUGUCACUGAUUUGGAAGCAUGCUUGGAAUGAACCACAGUUGCAAACUGAUUGCUGCCUUGAAAUUCUAUUCUGUCUCCAGCUCAGCAGCCUUUUACACUCCCAGCAGGAUGAUGCAUAUAUAAACACCUCUUUCUUUGUGUAUCAUUAGCUGGAUCAGGUUAAUUUUAAGUUUAAGAUCUGCAAAUUGCUCAAAAUUUAUGAAGGAAAACAUGCAUCUGGAACCAUACAAAAUGGGGAUAGCAACUGAGUAACUUAAGAGUAACAACAACAAGAAACAGUAGAGAAUACUAUAGUGCUUCCAAUCAGGGGCUUAAUCUGCAAAUAGGUUGUUGAGAGAUCACAAAUGGGUAGUUGGGAGCAAACUUUAAAAAAACUUUUUUGAUCUUCUCCAGAAAGGAAAAAUCUGAAUUAAAUCAGGGUGGGCAUUUUUGAUCCCUCUUUGUUUCUCUUUAUGUAUUUCCAUAAGUCGUUACAUUUUGGGGGGACCAAUAUUAAAUGAUAAUCUCAAAACA